AUAUGAGAAAUGAAAAAAAAAAAACAAAAAAACAAAAACUGUCAGUUACUAAAUGACACCUUAGUUUUUGAGCUUGUUGUUUUCUUCAUUGUCCAACACAAUAAAGAAUUGCUGCCCUAAUGGCUAAUGGCUUCUUGUUGAGGUUGUGUCCAUGUGAGUGUAAAAAAUAAAUUGCUUGCUUUCUUGUUCUUCUGGUCUGAUAGAAUGGGAUUAAGAAUGUACCUUAGAAGCACAGAAUAGUUGCUCUUAAGCAAAUGUUUCCUUCUUUUUUAUUUGCAUACCUUCCUAGGAUUUUGUGUUUUGUUACUAUUCAAGCGAUAAUGCCAAUUGCAAAUUCCAUAGUAUCGCCUCUUGUGGUUAUCUUUGAUGAAUUUGCAGCCCUUGUCACUACAUUUAACCUUGAAAUUGGAAUCACUGGUGCCAUUUUGACAAAGCUUGAUGGAGAUUCUAGAGGUGGUGCAGCUUUGAGUGUUAAAGAGAGACUAACAAUGGGCAAGCCCAUCAAGCCUGUCGGACGUGGGGAGCGCAUGGAAGACCUUGAAGCUUUCUACCCAGAUCGUAUGGCAGGACGCAUAUUAGGGAUGGGAGAUGUUCUAUCAUUUGUGGAGAAGGCCCAAGAAAUCGUGAGUGUUAACUAA